UGUUGUACAUUGUACAGGUUAGUGUAGUGCAGUUGAAGUUUGCACCCCUACAGUGUAAUCGUUCUCUCGUUUCGUUGUCGUAGCACAAGAGCGUUGUGGAAAAAAAAUCCCCAAACAAAACAAACACCGGUCGCCAGUUUCCAGAAGCGUUGGAAGUGUUUGCCGAGGCAAAUUCGUUCAGCUUGUGCAGGACCUAACCGAAAUUAACUGUAAAACGAUUAUACAAAUAGAUCAAAUGGCGCAGACUAUGACCAACCAAUAUUCAAACAAACUUCAGAUGUUCCUAUGCGAUUUGUGUAAGAAAUGUUUUAUAACCUGAAAUCAAAUUCACCGUCGUAUGAUUACCACCCACAACACUGAAAUGGCGAAUCAAUUACUCAAAAAAAUCAAGUCUGAUGAAACACCUAACAAAUGUGCCGUUUGUUUAAAAUCUUUUACGGUAAAAACCAAUCUAGUAGAUCACAAACGCUUCCAUACUGGCGAAAAGCCCUAUAAAUGUGUUGUGUGCCUGAAAUUUUUUUCGAUCAAAUCCUAUCUAGUAAGACACGAAAGCACGCAUACUGGCGAAAGACCCUACAAAUGUGUUGUUUGCCUAAAAACUUUUUCCCGAAAAUUCUCUCUGGUAUCACAUACUCGCAUUCAUACUGGCGAAAAUCUCUACAAAUGUGUUGUGUGCCUGAAAUCUUUUUCGAUAAAAUCCAAACUGGCAGCACACGAACGCACGCACACUGGCGAGAAGCCAUACAAGUGUGACGUGUGUCCAAAGUAUUUUAGCCAAAAAUCUCACCUUACUGGACAUAAACGAGUGCAUACUGGCGAGAAGCCGUACAAAUGUGACGUGUGUCCAAAGGAUUUUACGCGAAAAGCAACACUUACCCAACACAAACGUGUCCAUAAUUCAGAAGAGUGUAACGAAAAAAGGACAUACAAAUGUGACGUGUGUCUCGAGGAUUUCACACAAAGUUUUCACCUUACCCUUCACAGGCGCGUCCAUAUAGGAGAAGAAUGUAACAAGUGUUUAAAAUAUUUCACUCGAAAAGACUACCUGGCUGGACACAAAUGUGUACAUACCGAAAAAAAGCUAUACAAAUGUGACGUGUGUCUAAAGGAUUUUACACGAAAAGUAGACCUUGCAGUUCACGAAACCGUGCACACUGAAGAUAAGCCCUACAAAUGUGUUGUAUGCUUGAAAUCUUUUUGGGAAAAACGUGAUCUAGUAAGACACGAACGCACGCAUACUGGCGAGAAGCCAUACAAAUGUAACGUGUGUCCAAAGGCUUUUACACAAAAAGCAAACCUCACAGCACACAAACGAAUGCAUACUGGAGAAAAUCUGCACACUUGUGAUGUGUGCCUGAAAUCUUUUUCGAUCAAAUCUUAUCUGGUUAGGCACGUACACACGCACACUGGAGAAGGGCCCCACAAAUGUUUAGUGUGCCUCAAAUCUUUUUCGGUAAAACACCAUCUGGUAGAGCAUGAACGAAUUCAUACUGGCGAAAAGCCCUAUACUUGUGACGUAUGUUUCAAGCGUUUUACUAAAAAAUACAACCUAACGGUACACGCACGCACGCAUGCCACAGAAAAGUCAUACAAUUGUGUCAAGUGCCUAAAACCUAUUGCGGUGAAGUCCUACCUCGCAAAACAACAUAAACAUGUUUAUUCUGGUGAAGAGCCUUGCGAAUGCGAGGUUUGUUUCAAGUGUUUCGCUCAAAAAUGAAACCGGGAUCGACAAAAACGUAACCAUGUUGGAGAACAAUCAGAUCUUUAUCAGUCAUCGGUCUUUACUGACAAUUUAAAUUUAAGAUUUUUUUCACUUUGUGUUAUUCACUACUUUAUAAUUGUUGUAAAAAAAAAAU